GCAGCAAAACUCCACAGGAGCUGCGGCAACAGCACUAGGGAGACAUCCAGUCCUCUCUCGGAGAGCAGCUCUCUCUGCAGACAGGGAUUUAUUCAUUUUCUACACAUGCAUAGAUCUAUUUAUUUCUUUUCUGGGUUGCAUUUGUUUUUCCUUUUCUUUAACCCUUUUAGAAAAAGCCCCAAACCUUCCAAGUGACGAGGCUGAGAUUUCCCUAUAAUAAAAGAACUGCACGGUGGGGCUGGGUUGCUUCCCUUUCGCCCUCGGAAAAUGAAGAGGGAAGGGGGAGCAAGUAGGUAAAAUCCAGAAUAAAAUCAUAUUGCUAGAUAACGCACGCCUCCCCCCUCACACACACGCACACACACACACACACACACACUCUCUCCUCCUCCUCCUCUGAAGGUGGGUAGCAGAAGCCAUGCAACAUCUGCAGAACCGGAUGGCAAAAGAGCAGGAGGAAAAAUAAUCCAAGUGGAGUGCUCGGGGGACGCUGAGUUCUUUUUUCUUUUCUUUCUUUUUUUUUUUUUUAAUUUUCUUUUUUUUUUUUUUCUCCUUUUUCCCCCUCUCCCUCGUACCUGUGAGAUUCCGCUUCAUGUUCUGCUGAGCCCAUUUUGGGGCAUUUUAUUUUUCUUUCUCUUGGGAUUUUCUCCGUUGCCAGAGGAUGUCUCUUGUUGAAAGGAUGCUGAAAGGAAGAAGAAACGAAUUCUUUGACUGGCACUGAAGGGGGGGGGGGGGGGGGGAGGAAUAUUUUUCCCCCAUAUUUUUUAGGGAUUUUUUCAUUAUUCUUUUUCUCUAGGAAAUCAUUGCCUGGGGGGGGGGUUGGUUUCUUUUUUCCCUCCCCCCCUUUUUUUGGAGGGGGAUUUCAGAAGAUCCAUCCUUCUUUCCCCUCCCCUCCAAAGAUUUUUUUUUCCUCCUUCGUCUUUGUGGAAAUGUGGACAUUUCAGGCAGACAGAUUGAGUGGAAUUGUCUCUGCUUUAGCAGCUCUUUGUCUCGCCUGCUGUGCACAAAGCCCAUCCACUGGGAAUAUUUCUGUGGUGAAAGAGAUUGUGGACAAACUGCUGAAGGGCUAUGACGUCCGCCUCAGGCCUGACUUUGGAGGUAACCCUGUCACAGUGGGAAUGAGCAUCCAUAUCUCCAGCAUUGACCAGAUCUCUGAAGUCAACAUGGACUACACCAUCACCAUGUACUUCCAGCAGAGCUGGCGAGACAAACGCCUGGCGUAUAAUGACCUUCCUCUCAAUCUGACCCUGGACAACCGGGUGGCUGACCAGUUGUGGCUGCCUGACACCUAUUUCCUGAAUGACAAGAAGUCCUUUCUGCACGGGGUGACAGUGAAGAACCGCAUGAUUCGGCUGCAUCCUGAUGGGACUGUCCUGUAUGGCCUGAGGAUCACGACCACAGCCGCUUGCAUGAUGGACCUGCGGAGGUACCCCCUGGACCAGCAGAACUGCACACUGGAGAUCGAGAGCUAUGGUUACACGGUUGAUGACAUUGUCUUCUUCUGGCAAGGAAAUGAUUCUGCUGUCACGGGGAUGGAGGUGCUAGAGCUGCCCCAGUUCACCAUUAUCGAACAGAGGCUGGUCAGCAGGGAAGUGGUCUUUACCACCGGUUCAUAUCUGCGCUUAUCCUUGAGUUUCCGGAUUAAGAGGAACAUUGGUUACUUCAUCCUGCAGACUUACAUGCCAUCUAUUCUCAUCACCAUCCUGUCCUGGGUCUCCUUCUGGAUCAAUUAUGAUGCUUCUGCUGCACGAGUGGCAUUGGGGGUCACCACGGUACUUACAAUGACUACCAUCAACACCCAUCUGCGGGAGACUCUCCCAAAAAUCCCUUACGUCAAGGCUAUUGAUGUUUAUCUCAUGGGCUGUUUCGUCUUUGUGUUCCUGGCACUCCUGGAGUAUGCUUUUGUCAACUACAUAUUCUUCGGGCGAGGCCCCCGGCAGCAAAAGAAACAGAGUGAACGGAUUGGCAAGGCCAACAAUGAGCGCCACCGUUACGAGGAGAAGAGGGUGAGAGAGCAGGUUGACCCUUACGGUAACAUCCUCCUCAGCACUCUGGAGAUGAACAAUGAGCUGCUGGCCACAGACAUGAUGAGCAGCGUUGGCGACUCUCGAAACUCUGUCAUGUCCUUCGAAGGCUCAGGAAUCCAGUUCCGCAAGCAGCUGGCCUCUCGGGAUGGAUUUGGUCACCACCCAACCCUGGACCGCCACGGUCCGCUGACCCACCAUGCUGCAGCCCGCAACCGUGCCAACAGCCGUCUCCGCCGGCGGUCAUCUAAGCUGAAGCUCAAAAUCCCAGACCUGGCAGAUGUCAGCACCAUUGACAAGUGGUCACGAAUCAUUUUUCCAAUCACCUUUGGAUUCUUCAACCUUGUUUACUGGUUGUACUAUGUAAAUUGAUGCCUGCAGCCUCCGAGAGAGAUAGGGACAGACACUCAGACAAUGACAACACAGGAGUGUUGUGGUCUUUUGGGUUUGGGUUUUACUCUUUACUAUCAUUAUCAUUUAUUCCUUUGAUUCAUUAGAUUUAUUCUAAGCUUACUCUUCUCUUUUCAGCACAUGUAGAACCACGGAGUGUGUGUUGGGGGGGUAAGGGAGAGAAGGGUAUAUGGGAGGGGUUUUGGUUUCAGGGAGGGAUGUGUUUGCCUUGAUUUUGGUUUCCUGCUGAAGGACUUCAACCAUUGUAAAAAAAAACCAAACAAACAAAACCACAAAAAAAAAAGAACACUCAAAAAAUCAAAAAAAAAAAAAAAAGGAAGAAAAAAAAGAGAAAAAAAAUGACCUAAAAAAAAAAAAGAAAAAACACACAAAAAACAAGAAAAAGUUUUAAAAAGGGGGGAGGGAGAUUUAAAGAAAUUGAGUCAAAAGCUGGUGGGGUGAUAGGUUAUCUUGGCUGUGCUCACUAAUGCGCUAUCCUCACUUCCAUUUCACUACUGAAUUUCAUCUUUCUCUACUCAGUGUUGUUAUAUUUUUUUAAUCUUUCUUCUGUCACUGCUCUUAACCCCUUCAUAUUUAUCCUUUCAUGGAUUCAUGAGACGGCGGGGGUUCAUUCUCAUGCUAUGAGAUUUCUCUUUUCUUUUUCUCUCUCCCUCUCCCUCUCUCUUGCUUACAAGCCUAAAAGAAUCUUUUAAACCAACAAAUAAAAAAGAAUAUUUAUUUUGGAAGAGCUGGGAAGGGGGGAGGACAAGGCAAUUAUUUGGGAGGGAAGGGGCAAUGUGGGGUUAUGGGAGGGGGGGAGCGAGGAGGGAGCUUAUCAAAAACAAAGGCACAUUUGCAAGUUGCCUUUUUCCACCUUCAGGAGUUUGCAAACUGUUUUUCCUGUAUGAGUGCGUGUGUGCGUGCGAAGCAUCUGUGUGCGUGUAUGUGCGCAUGUAUGUAGACACGGAUGUGUGCGUGCAAGCAUGUUUUCUGGGGAGGGGAGCUGGGGAGGGGGGUUUUGUAAUGUCUUUUGUAGAAAGAGAACACAGAUGACAUUUAACUGGCAGUGUUUUGGGGGAAUAGCAGGGUUUUGUUUGUCCACUGCAGCUUUGUGAGGUUGGAGGUCGGAGUCUCAGCUCGCAUUAAAGACAGAGCUGGGGAGGUAGACUGUGCAAAUAUAUACUUGUUGAGGAAAGAGAGGGUUUUGGGGGUCAGCAUCAGGACAGCGCUGCUGUUCACUGCUGGCAUCUGAUCUCUCAUAGACUAAGCUGAUUCAGCCCUGAAAGGAGGGGUUGUUCCCAAUCUUUCCCACCCUGCAUCUUUCUUACUGAGUUUGGUGAGAAAGGCAGUUGCAGGACUCUGAAAACUCAACCCUUCCCCCCAUACCUGUUCCUUGUGCCAGACAAGGGACUUCACACUCCAGCCCACUGAGUGACCAUAGCCUACGGCAAGGUGCUGGAAAGGGUGGUUGUCAUUUAACUUUGUGCUUCGGAAUGAAAAAGUCUGGAAAUUAUAGCUAUCCCCUUUCCUAAGGAGUUCAGAAGCAAACUAUGGGCUGGAACCCUCUGAUCUGUACUGCUUCUAUCAGGCCUUGCUUUAUUUCUGUUAAUAUAUGCGGAGUGUAGAGAAGAGCACCCUGUGUCCCUUCUUGCAGAAGAUGUAACUAAGGAUGCUGUAGAGUUCCAUGCAGCAUCAUCCUGCUGGAAGAAAACAGUCUUCAAAGCCUGGGCAGGGUGAAGCUUGCAAUGAAAAUCCUGAGCUUGUCAGUGCUUAUGGAAGCCCCUAAGUCUGCAGCAGCUUCCAGCCACUGGUGCUCAUUAUAAAGGUACAGAAGGGUAACUAACAUGGCCUUGGACAGCAAGGUCAACUUUUUCCAAAGGAGCCAGUGACUUUUCAGGAAAAUCACUGAAUUAUUGGCCACUUUGGCAAUCACUGAUGAUUAAUAAUAUCCCUUAUAAUAUUAACAAAAGCCAUGAAAAUAAUAAAUUCACAAGUGCAAAACUUUAAAACUAGGGUCAUUCUGCCAUUCCUGGAGUAAAGAUGAGAACCUUGUUCUUACCUGUUGGAGGUUUUUACAUACCAGACACACACACUGCCUUGAAUCCAGCCGUACCUUUAUUUUCCUGCUAGCAUUCCCUUCUUUUUUCCUUGAUUCUCAUUGUUUGGGUGAGCAGAGUGAUCCUCUGAGACUAGGGAAAAUCCUGUUUUUCAGAUGACAGAUGCAUCUAAUGCACAUCUUUUCAUUCAUGCAUUCAUUCAUUCAUUCAUUCAUUUAUGUCUACAGAAAAUGUGAACCAUUCAUUAUAGGCCUGAGCUAGUAGCACUGAAGUCAUGAAAAGUUUUGCCUUGACUUGGAUGAAGCAAGAUCAGGGCUCAUCAGAGUAAUAAGUAUUGUUAUUUUUAUAUCAGUAAUGUGUCUUACGCAUUUUCUACUAACAGAAUCCUAAGAAAUAGGGCAUCCAUCCUUCUCAAUCACUCCCAAUCUCUGUCUCUCCCUCUCAUGUUCAUGCAUGCAUACAUUUGGUCCAGGCCUCCUUGGACUCACCAAGGUUUUAGCACAAUUGUUAAAUCAGACUAUUUCCAGCUGUCCUGCAGAACAGUCUCUUGUUGGUUUCCAUAUUCAAGAGUGAUGCUGUUGAAAAUGGGUUUUCCCAAUAUUGUUAUAGCUUAUGUUCUAGAUGGGUCUAUAUAAGUCUGAAAAGUGAAUGGAGCUGGAUGAUAGUGUUGGAUUGGGUGAUUUUGUUUACCCUAUACACAGGAAGUUAAAGACUGGCCAAUGGAGAAACUUACGCUUUCUAGUGGAAUUCUAUUUGGAAAUGGCUUUUAAAGGUCUUAAUGGAAGCCAUAAAGUUGUGUUUUAUGACAUCAGCAGUAUAAUGUAGGUGGAUAUAUGCAUGUCAGAUGACUGCAGUUUCCUGAUGGAGGCUGCCUAUCAGCAGGUUCAGUUUUCAAGGGGAGUCUAACCAGCUGAUUGAUGAAUAAAUACAAUAUCUAAACACUUA